AACAUCUGCACGCGCUAACGGAGCCGCUGUCGCCUCGCAUUUCCCAUGUACGCCAGCGCGCAGAGAAGCCGUGUUUAAGCAAGUGUGAAGGUUCCAAGAAAUAUGAAUUUCGACCCGGACAGCUUUGCGAAAUUCGAUAGUCAGUCAAGCCAAUUCGCGGAUGAAGUCCUAAGAAAGAUGCGCUUCCAAGUUCCCUUGACCGAGGAUCAUCAAGUUCUGGAGGUCGGGUGUGGUACGGGACGUUUCGCUCGAUAUUUUUUGCUGACUCACUGCCAACUCUGCAAAAGAAUAGUGGCCACGGACUGCGAUCCCGACAUGGUCGACUUCGCGAGAAAACAUUUCGCGCACGAGGACAUCGUCUACGACGUUCUAGACGUCACCACGGCAAACUUGAGUCCGUUCCUGGAAAGAUACGGAAAGUUCGACAGGAUCUUCUCGUUCAUGGUGUUCCACAUGAUUCGGGACCACAAGACAGCCUACGCGAACAUCACCAAGUUACUGCACGACAACGGCGAAUGCCUGGUGGUCGCUUUGUCGAGCCUCGAUACAAUGGACGUGUGGCUGGAGGUAUACAAGACGCCGAAGUGGACAGGCCGGAUUCCGGACCCUCGAAACAUUUUCAACGCCUCCAUCAACUACAAUCGCGUCAAGUCAGCGGCCCAGGUUGAAGCCGAAGUCAGGGACACAUUACGUGGAACCGGCCUGCAGUGCAUCUCCUGCGAAGUUGAGGAUUCCUCCUGGAAAUUUGACAACAUGGACGCGCUUCUUGGCGUACUGUUAACAAUUUUUCCAUUCAAGGCAUUUGUUCCCGCAGAAGAGUGGGGAGGCUUCCGCAGUUUGUGGGCAGAACUGAUGCACCGGCAGUUGUCCCCGACACCAGGAGAGCCAUUGGCAUUGAAGUUCACGUGUUACGUAGUGCACGCAAAACGAUCCGCGAAUUGAAGCGCACUGAAUGCCCAAAAGGUCAUGUUUCUCCGGAAGAUUGCGGAAACCAUCGAUAGUGAUUGCCGAUGCAUGCAACAAGAAUAAAUGCUACGUGAAAGCUGUUCACUGUAAUAAAUUAAUGAAGCUUAUGGUAUACUUUUGCUGCAACGCAAACACUCAAGGUAGCGUUUGAUCUUUCAUUGUCUAUUUUUGUGUAGAAUAAGCUCACUAAACAGACGGGGUGAUGUUUGAAUCAACAAAUGAAAGAACACGCGCAAAGUGUCAAGGAAGCGACACGUGAUGGUUGGUUGGAAAUGCACUGCAGUUGUUGUGGCUGUGAACCUCUUUUCGCACAGUGUAUUGCUGUCAGCAGAAGUUGUGAGAGGCUCACUCGCGAGAUUAUAGAGGAAGAAAAGAUGACUUUAUUAGGUUCAGUCUAUGUCAGCAUCCCUUCUGUACACCUUUCGGAUAAAGGGCUGUCCUUUCUUAGAAAGUGGUGCACGCAUGUGCGAUGGCGACGAGAGCACAGUGUGAACACGUGUGGUGUUCAAUAAACCUUUGUUGGUAGU